AUGGAAGAGAAAGAAGCUGAGGGUCAUAAGGAUGAGGAGGCUGAUAGUGACAAAACCCAACCACAACUUUGGGUGGAUGUCAUUAAGGGUAACAGACUACCAUCAAAUGGAGGAGAUAUUGAAUAUACAGCUCUGGUGAUAGUAGAUGGGGAAGCUGAACUGGUUAUCGAAGAACAAGAUGUGAUAUCCGAGAUGCAGUUCUGGGCUAAUGUGCUCAUCAUGUACGCAGUUGGAGAUGACUUAUCCAUGAAUGCAGUAAAGAAGUUUAUGAUGAACACCUGGAACUUUGUUACACUUCCAGAAUUAUAUUACAAUGAAGAGGGUUAUUUCAUAGUGAGAUUCAAAUCGAAAAGUGAUAAGGAUGCGGUGCUUAUGAGGGGGCCAUAUACCAUUUUCAAGAAGCCAGUCCUCCUACAUGAGUGGACUCCCACAUUUACAUUAGAGGAUGAUGUGCUGAGGGUUCUCCCGGUUUGGGUAAUUUUUCCUCAAUUACCUCUGGUCUACUGGGGAGAUAAAAGUAUUGGUAAAAUUGCUAGUGCAAUAGGAAAGCCAGUGAUAACAGAUGAGUGUAUUAGAAAAAAAUUAAGAGUUUCUUAUGCACGAGUGUUGAUUGAAGUUGAUGUAACCAGGGAACUGAAGAGUGAAAUAACUAUUAGGAGCCCAUAG